GAGGCCACGCCCCUCUCCCCGCCCCCGGAAGGUCCGUCCCUCCCUCGCCGGCUCCGCCCUCACCUUCCCGCCGUUUGAUCCGGGUCGUCCAACAUGGGAGGCCCGGAGCCUCCACUGCUCGCUCUCCGGCUGUUCUUCUUGGUUCUGCCGGUGGCCGGGUGGCUGACGACGCCUGCCCCGGAGCCGUCGCCUCCCGGAGCCCCGCAGGGUGGCAUCAGAAUUAAUAUAACAACAUUGAAAGAUGAUGGGGAAGUAUCUAGAGAACAGGUUUUUCUUAACAUAACCUAUGAGAGUGGACAGGUAUAUGUAAAUGACUUACCUGUAAAUAGUGGUGUAACCCGAAUAAGCUGUCAGACUUUAAUAGUGAAGAAUGCUGAUCUGGAAAAUUUGAAGGAAAAGAAAUAUUUUGGAAUUGUCAGUUUAAGAAUUUUAGUUCAUGAGUGGCCUAUGACAUCAGGUUCCAGUUUGCAACUAAUUGUCAUUCAAGAAGAGGUAGUAGAGAUUGAUGGAAGACAAGCUCAACAGAAGGAUGUUACUGAAAUUGAUAUUUUAGUUAAGGACCAGAGAAUACUCAGACAUUCAAACUAUACCCUUCUUUUAGAAGAAAGCAUGUUGUACUCUAUUUCCCGAGAUAAUGACAUUUUAUUUACCCUUCCCAACCUCUCCAAAAAAGUAGAAAGCGUGAAUUCACUGCAGACCACCAGCCAGUAUCUUAUCAGGAAUAUGGAAACCACUGUAGAUGAAAGUGCUUUAUCUGGAAAAUUACCUGAAACUCCCCUUAGAGCAGAGCCUCCAUCCUCAUAUAAGGUAAUGUGUCAGUGGAUGGAAAAUUUCAGAAAAGAUCUGUGUAGAUUCUGGAGCAGUGUUUCCCACGUGUUCUUCAUGUUUUUAAACGUCAUGGUGGUUGGAAUUCUAGGAGCAUCUGGGGUCUUAACCAUCUUAAAGUUGCUUUUUCCAGUUUCUAAAUACAAAGGACUUCUUCAGGUGGAUAAAGUGAAUAUUAUACCUGUGACAGCUAUCAACUUUUAUCCAGAUUUCCCUGAGAAGACAGAAAAAAACCUUGAAGACAAACAAAUACUUAAAAAUUAAAAUACCAUCUCAAA